AUGUCCUCGGCGAUAGACGUCGCGUCGCCGGACGAAAUCGUGCGAGUUUUCCGCGCGUGCGACGCGCAGCUUUUCGCCGGCUAUGCGGGUUACCCCGGCCUGAUGGACGAAGAGACCAUUCGAGUGGUGGAUCAGCUCACAGCAGUGGCGGCUGAAAUCGUCUCUUUCUCCAAGGAUAGUGCAGUGGUGGUGUCAGGUGCUGGCACCAGCAGCAGAAUAGCCUUUCAGGUGGUUCUCUGUUUCAACGCUGUGCUCAAGAGAUACGGCCUGCCGCCGUGCUUCCACUUCCUCAUUGCAGGGGGGCUGCCUGCAUUGCUGAAG